AUGGCGCAACUGCUCUCAGCACUCCCAAUGCCCGUGCUGCUGCCUUUCCUCCUCUUCCUGGCCGCCGCAGGGGCAGGGGCAGGGGCAGAGGAGGCAGCCUCCGCCUCCAGCCCGACGCUGGUGUUCCUCCUUGCGGGGCAGUCCAACAUGGGCGGCCGCGGCGGCGCCACCAGCGGCACCUGGGACGGCGUGGUGCCGCCCGACUGCGCGCCCUCCCCGCGCAUCCUCCGCCUCUCCCCGUCCCUUCGCUGGGAGGAGGCCCGGGAGCCGCUGCACGCCGGCAUCGACCUGCACAACGUGCUCGGGGGCGCCACGCCCAUCGCCAACUGGUCCCGCGGCACGCCGCUGUACGACCGCAUGCUCGCGCGCGCCAGGGCCGCCCUCGCCAAUGGAUCCACCAGUCUCGGCGCGCUGCUCUGGUACCAGGGCGAGGCAGACACCAUCAGGCGCCAGGACGCCGACGUCUACACGUCCCGCAUGGAGGCCUUCGUCCGCGACGUCAGGCAAGACCUCGGCAUGCCGGACCUGCUCGUCAUCCAGGUCGGGCUCGCCACGGGGCAGGGCAAGUUCGUCGACAUCGUCAGGGAAGCACAGAAGAGGGUCAGCCUCCACAACGUCAAGUACGUGGACGCCAAGGGCCUGCCCGUCGCCAGCGACUACACGCAUCUUACCACGCCGGCGCAGGUGCGGCUCGGCAAGAUGCUCGCCGCCUCCUACCUGGCAGCCACGCUCUGA